GACUGUGUGGACUUGGACUUUGGCAUUAUUAGAUAUUUUAACCUUUUUGUAAAUAGUUUUAUAAGUUAAAUAAUCUCUCUAGAGGUUUAAUGAAAAUGUUUUCCCCGUGUACGAGGCAGUUUCUGUCUACCCAGCUGCGGCGAUUACAGAGUACAUUAAUUGUAGCCGAACACAACAAUGAAGCUUUAAGCGCUGUAACACAAAAUACAUUAAGUGCUGCUAAGAAAAUAGGCGGGGAAGUAUCUGUGUUGGUAGCUGGUACCAAAUGUGGCCCAGUUGCAGAGGCAGUAGCAAAGGCUAAUGGCGUCUCAAAGAUCUUAGUUGCUGAAAGUGAUGCCUUCAAGGGCUUCACAGCUGAAUCUCUAACUCCUCUUAUAUUAGCCACACAGAAACAAUUCAACUUUACUCAUAUCUUGGCACCAGCCACCGCAUUUGGCAAGGCCUUGCUUCCACGGGUGGCAGCUAAGCUUGAUGUGUCGCCUAUCACAGAUAUCAUUGGUGUUAAAGAUGCCAAUACAUUUAUUAGAACCAUAUAUGCAGGUAAUGCUGUCCUUACUUUAGAGGCUAAAGACCCUAUAAAAGUUAUUACAGUCAGAGGUACAGCAUUCCCUCCUGAACCCCUAGAAGGUGGCUCCGCUCCUGUAGAAAAGGCUCCAGAAGGUGACUACAAGACCGACUUGGUUGAAUUUGUGUCACAAGAGCUUACAAAAUCUGACCGCCCUGAGUUGACUAGCGCUAAGAAUAUUGUUUCUGGAGGUCGUGGUCUGAAGUCAGGAGACAACUUCAAAUUGUUGUAUGAUCUUGCUGAUAAGCUUAAUGCUGCAGUGGGUGCAUCUCGCGCCGCAGUUGAUGCAGGCUUCGUACCUAAUGACUUGCAGAUUGGUCAGACUGGCAAAAUUGUUGCUCCUGAUCUAUACAUUGCUGUGGGAAUCAGUGGUGCUAUCCAGCAUCUCGCUGGUAUGAAGGACUCUAAGACCAUUGUCGCUAUCAACAAGGACCCGGAAGCACCUAUUUUCCAGGUAUCAGAUUUGGGCUUAGUAGCAGAUUUGUUCAAGGCAGUUCCCGAGUUAACUUCUAAAUUGUAAACUACAAUUAAUAACAGAUGCAUAACUUUUAGACAACUUUUAUAUUCCAAAUUUUUUUAAAUAAAGCCAGUCUUUAUACAUUUGUUAAUCAUUUAAAAUGAUUUACUGUAAAUAAAUAUUAUAUUUAUA